GAAGGGCCCCAAAUCAAGUUCUGCUUGAGGGCCCUGAACAAGUUUGGGCCGGCCCUGGGCGCUGCUUUUGUGAAACUGGAUUAAUGAUGGGUUAAAUCAGGAUAAACAUACAAUCCUGGUUUGAUUAUUGCCUCGGUUUAGUGAAGUAUCCCCCCCCCUGGAGCCCAGUGGACCAGGCUGUCGGUGUGUUAACGGCCGUUAGUCGUCGGUUAGCCACCGUGAGCUCCGCGGGGAGGAGCUGUUUCUCACCGGGGGUUCUGACAGCACAUAGCUCGGAAAGUUAAGGUGGUGCUCAGAGUCAAUGAGGCUGUUCCGAUGUACACCAAUGAGCCAUAGGCGACGGACAAACUAAAGCGCUACUUUAAUACGUCAAUCUAAAGCAUUCUCGGGUUAUUUUUGGGAGCUUUUUUCUACAGAGAAGGAGGCAGCGAGCAGCAACUACGCCCCGGGGCUGAAAUUACGGACUCACCAUGUCUGAUGGGGAGUAUGAUUACCUCAUCAAGUUCCUAGCGCUGGGUGACUCUGGUGUGGGAAAGACCAGCUUUCUGUACCAAUACACAGAUGGCAAGUUCAACAACAAGUUCAUCACUACAGUGGGAAUAGACUUCAGAGAACGGAGAGUGAUCUACAAUUCAACAGGUCCAGAUGGAACAACAGGCAGAGGACAGAAGAUCCACCUGCAGCUGUGGGACACAGCAGGACAAGAGAGGUUCCGAAGUUUGACGACGGCUUUUUUCCGGGAUGCGAUGGGUUUCCUGCUCCUGUUUGAUCUCACGAAUGAACAAAGUUUCCUGAACGUCAGAAACUGGAUGAGUCAGCUACAGAUUCAUGCGUACUGUGAAAAUCCAGAUGUGGUUCUGUGUGGCAACAAAUGUGACCUGAGUGACCAGAGAGCUGUGACCCAAAACCAGGCCCGGGAACUGGCCGAGAAGUACGGAAUCCCAUACUUUGAGACCAGUGCUGCAAGCGGGCAGAAUGUCAGCGAGGCCGUCGACGUUCUGCUGGAUCUGAUCAUGAAGAGGAUGGAAAGGUGCGUCGACAAGUCCUGGAUCCCGGACGGGACCGUGCGGCCCAACGGAGCCGCCAACCCGGAUCUCUCUGAGGGGUCCGAUAGAGGCAAAUGUGCAUGUUAGAAGGAUUAUUUUUUUGUUUUUGUUGUUGUUGUUGCACAUCUUUUUCAUUAUAAAUCAGGUGGGGGAGAAAAGGAAGAUUUCCAAGUAAAACAAAGUGGGAGUUUUAUUACAUUUUGUGUUGAGUAAAACUUUAACACCAACAUUAUCCAACCACUUUUACCCACAAUCCAGAGUGUUACAUGUUCACCAUCACUGACACGCUGAGUCAGCAGUAGUCAGUGUACCUUUUCCUCAAUACAUCAAUCUUACUAUUGAGUGUGGGGUAUUUAUUUUCCUUUGUAACUCCUACUGUACAUCUCCAGUUUCCAUAUUAAGUUAGAGAAACGAAUCCUAGAUUCAGAUAGUUAAAGAACACUGAGCCUAUAUGUUACUUGUGCUGAUAUGUUGUCAGGACUCCUCAACUGCUGUACAGCGAAAAAAUGCAAUGAAUGUACUUCAGGUCACCGAUUAUGUGUCACUGAUGCUUCACUGAGUGCCUUGUUGAUCACUGCAGUCUCACUAGUGCCACUGCCAGAGAACAUGUAGCUCUUAUUGUCUUCCAGCGUUUGCUUGGUGGACAGUCGACAUGGUUAUUUAGUCUGAACUUUGAUAUAAGUGCAGGUUUUGCCAAAAGUUAGAAAAACGACUUUGUAAUAUUUAGAUAAUCUAAACAAGUUAUUUAAUAAAACUAUAGGAAACCAGAAUUCAAGAAAUAUUUUUGCCAACAUUAUUUUUUUUCUGCAUAAAAUACUAGCUUAUAGGCUCUCUUUAUUUGAUUUAAUUCAGUUCUGUGCAAAAAAUUUGUGACAAAUUAUGUUGAAAUGUAAUAUAAAAUGGUGAAAUUGGGAUUAAUUGAGCACUAAAAUAAAAGUAUUGUACCCAGGAUCCAGUUUGGAGAUCAGUGGUCUUCACUGGUUUAUUAGGCCUGUACUGCAAAC